AUUAAGAACCUGCCUAACUUGGCCUCGAAUAAAUUUUAAUAUCCCAGCCUCCGCUGGUGUCUGGAGGAGAGAAAUCUAAAGACUGAGGACCUUAUCGAUCUGACACAAUCGAUCGAAGACCAGGGACCUUUCGAUCUGAUCAUUCACAAACUUUCAGACUUGAUGCGAGAUGCUGAUCAGAAUGACACCCAGUCCCGACAGCUCAUCCAGAAAUUUCAGGAUUAUGUCGAAGCCCAUCCCCAAACGAUCUUGUUGGAUCCCUUGCCGGCGAUGCGAAGAUUGUCAGAUCGCUUUCAAUCCUACAAACUUAUUCAGGAGCUGCAGUCCCUGGAUCAAGGUCAUCAGUUCUGCAAUCCUCCAUAUCUGGAGCUGGCUACAGGAAACCAAAGCGAGAUCCUGCAUCUGAUUAAAGAACAAAACUUGACCUUUCCACUCAUUUGCAAAACCAGAGUUGCGCAGGGAUCCAGCUCUCACGAUAUGGCUCUCAUCUUCAAUGAGGAUGGCCUGAGGGAUGUGACCCCACCCUGUGUCUUGCAAAGCUUUAUCAACCACAAUGCCGUCCUCUACAAAAUCUUCGUCGUUGGCCAAUCGUAUUUUGUCGCGAAGAGACCCUCAUUGAAGAACUUUGCAGUUGGCCAAUCGGAGCAGAAGACUAUAUUCUUCAACAGUCAUGAAGUCUCGAAGCCAGAAUCCUGCUCACAUUUAACAGAGAGAGAGGAAGGGGAUAGCCUUCCCAGUGGACCCUCUGACAAAAUCAUCCAAUUCAUUAGCCGUGGCAUACAGGCUGCUCUGGGAAUGUCGCUGUUUGGGGUGGAUGUGAUCGUCGAUAAUAAAACUGGCAAACUCGCACUGAUCGACAUCAACGCUUUCCCAGGUUACGAAGGUUUCCCAGAAUUCUUCAGCACCCUCUUGAACCACGUGGAGGCGCUGUUGCGUGAGCGGGAGAGAGAUCCACAGGGACGAGGCCUAGUGGCCAAGCAACAGGGGCCUCACCGGAGGUGCCCAGAUCUGCCCGAGGCCUGGUCGCCUGCCCCCGUCUCUAACUGCGCCAACAGCCUGGCAAGAGAAGUCUGGGCACCAGAGGAACAUCCCACGGGAAGACGGGCAUCGGACUCCAGCUGCUUCAGGGAUUUUGCCCUACCCCAGGCUGCCCUGUGCCAGUCCAACUGUGAAUAACCACACGCCAACCCCCCCCACCACUCCGCCCCGCCAUCUCAUCAGUCGCCCGCCAUUAAAAACAAAAGCAACAGCUCCAGCUGGCGCUUUUGGGAAAUGCAGAUUAAUUGUUAGAUGAGUUUUAUUCUACGCUAAAGCUGGCAUCCUUGGUGCCUUGAAUCCAGAAUGUUCCAGCAGCCAGCAACUCCACUCUCACCCCCAAACCUCUCGAUGCAAAAAUGUCCUUCACUAACUGGAACGCAUUCCAAUAUUAACUAGAAACGGAGUGUUGGCAUGGCAACGUGUUUUAAUCGUGGUGGAGGGUCAAUUCGAGGAACUCUGAGGGUUAGCUGGAGGGACUGUGAGGCAUUCUGUUUGAGGAGAGUCUUUCUUUUUCCCAAAUUCUUUUAUGGGGCGUGGGUGUCACUAGUUAGGCCCUAAUUGACCAGAAGGCAAUUAAGUGUCAAUCUCUUGACUCCAGUGGGUCUGACCAGACUGGGUUAGGACAGCAGAUUUUGUCCCCUGAAGGGAGUGGGCUAGACCAUUUGCAACAAUUGACAAUGGUCGCUUUUCCAGAUAACGUUGAAUUCAAAUUUUACCAUCUGCCAUGGUAGGAUUUGAACCCAUGACCCCAGAACUUUGGCCUAGGGGAGGCUGGAUUAUUAGCCAAGUGACUUGGGCACUACUCUACCACCUUCCAUACUUGAAGGACUCUCUCUGAGAGUCUGUGUUGAGGGAUUCUGAGGCUGUUUGUGAGGCACUGUUUGAGUGUCUUUUCGAGGUGAGUCUGUGUGAAGGUCUGUGUUUGAGGACCUGUGCUUGAAGGGCUCUUUUCAAAGGCCUGUGAUGGAAGAGUCCGCGUCUGUGUUUGAGAGUCCGCGUCUGUGUUUGA